GAAAAGUACGCUCAUAUAAAACCAUUGUUUUGUUGAAAUGAAAAGUUAAUAAUUUCCUUUAACAGGUUUCAUUAGCCAAAAAAAAAAAAAAAAAAAAUGGCAGAAAUGGAAGUAAACGUUUGUUUUUGUUUAUUUGUUUUAAAUCAAUGCAGUCUACUGGCAUCAUCUUUUUCAGGAAAACUUUUGUAUUCAAAUGACACUUCAAUUAUGGAAUUUGAUAUUGAUACACGCAAUUUGACUGUACUGGUUGAGCAGGGAAGUAGUGUGUAUGGCAUGGACUAUGAUUACAAAAACAGAUUCAUUUAUUUUCCAAGAUACAAUAUCUAUGACAUCGCUCGAUUUCCGUAUCCCUCAGAGAACAGAACAUUACAGACAAUUGUCCAGACAGAGCAAUAUCCAAUAGGAAUAGCUGUCGAUUCAGCAAAUGGUCAUAUCUACUGGACUGAUAUUAGUACACAUGAACUCUCAAGAUGCGUUCUAGACGGAACCAAUGUGACUAUCAUAUCUACUAUAAGUAAUUCUUGGGCGAUACGACUUGACGUUACAAAGGGGUGGAUGUAUAUUGCUGAAUACAAUUUAGGAAUAUUUAAGUCCAGAUUCAAUUUAGAGGAAAAACAGACGAUAGUUAGCUUUACAUCAGGAGGUGCUUAUUGCAUGGAUAUAGACACUGAUGGAAACAGACUGUAUUGGAUUAAUGUCGAUGGUGACAUGAACUCAGCAAAAGUCGAUGGCUCUGAUGUUAAAACAAUCCUUUCAACAAAUGUUCAUAGCAACUACUACGCUAUCGGGGUUUUUGGUAGUCAAAUAUAUUAUGCCAAUGAGUACCAUCAGUUGUUAUUGGUAACUAAAAUACCAGGAUCCAACCCGACUGUUCUUUAUAACGAUACCAGCGAAGUCCACAGUAUAUUUGUGUUUAAUCAAGCAGGUAUGCACAUUAUCAAUUAAAAUAAGUUGUUACGAUAAGCAAUUACAAAAAAACGACUUUGAUUUACAUUUUUUGUUAUUCAAUGUAGUAAUAUAUUCAAGUAUUAUACAAACAUGUUCAGAACUGUAUUCAUUUAUUAAUUGUCUGAUGUGUUACCUUAUAUUUGAACAAAAAGGAAGCAUUAUAAAUGGGUGUAUACGUCGAAGGUCAUCAAUAAUCUCGAUUUUCAAAAAAAAAAAAUAAAAUAUUCGUAUUUAACUUUCACUUUCAAAAUAAACCUUGUGAACUUUCUUUUAAUGAGAAUAAGUCUUUACGAUUUACGCAUUAUGUAAUUUAGUAUAAAACAGAUGCUAACAUUUAAAAAAAAACCACCUCACUGGUAUGUUUUGUGACAAGUAAGAAAAUAAAAUGUUGAACACACAUUCUCAUUAAAUUGAAAUAUCCAUGUAUAUUAUUCGUUACUAUAUCAUUGCAAAGACGUAUACUACACAAUUUAUAAAAAUUCUGAGUUUAAAGUCACUAAACGCGUAAAUUAAAGCAUACAUGUUUUGGGUGUUUUGAAGAUGUGUCAAUUAAUGGGAUGAACGUCUAUGAAAGCAAUCCAGCAUCACGCUUGACGUAAAAAAACAAUCAUUUCCAAGACCUUUCUCCUUUGCAAUCAUUUGUGAAGUGUCAUUGCUAAAACACCAGUAUUUAGAAUUAUAAUUAAAGUCAAUCCUGCAAAUAUUUCAUUUUAUUGCAUUACAUUUUGUUUUCCAAUUUCUAAAGUCAGUUGAUGAUGCAUCAUUGUCCUAAAAUGGUAGUUGUUGUUUAUUUCGAAUUGCUUUGCAUUAUUUCAUAUUCAGCUUUUACUUAGUACAUAAAUAGCUUGUUGUUCUAAUCCACCAAGUGUACCCGUUUAU